AUGCUGAUCAACUUGGGGGUUAAGGCUCUUCUUGGCUGGGUAAGUUGAUGAAAUUAGAAACAAUGCAAAUACAGUAUGUUGUUAGCAGCAAUGCUGUUGGACAUCUGUAACAACUUUUUGUUUAUUUCCAGAUCAACAGCAUACAUCUAUCAGACAGAGAGUUAAAUAUCGAGGACUUACAAGAUGGGACAAUCUUACUGAAGGUUGUCUCAAUGCUGUAAGUAGGAAACCUGAUCUUUUUAAGAGUGUGGCCCAUGUAAACAAGUGAGGGUCAAUUACUUUUAAUCUCUUCCUGUUUACAAUCUUCUUGGCUUAAACUGUAGUUUCAACCUUGUUAUCUCAGGAAAAAGGAAUCCACCUCCAGUUUCAGCAAUUCUGUCGAGGAUCGUUUUCAACUCAUCACAGACUUUAUUGAAAGUAAGUCUGCUAAAUGAUUUCUUUUACACAUGUUUUCUGUAAGUUUGAUUUGGGUCUGGACUUCAGGGUUUGUGAAAGAAUUCUUUUAAGCCCUGAAUUUUAUUAAAGAUUUGAAAUGUACACUCUGAGAGCGAUGUCUUGUCUAUGUGUUUGGAAAUGCUUAUCUUGCAAAUGUCUAACCACUUAACUGAGUGAUGGCUCGGAGAGAGCCAAGUCGAGGUAUUUAGGAACUACAUUCUCUGACUUUCAAAUCUGUUGCACCUUUUGACACACCCUCACUGUUGGGUGUGGCUUGUUGUGACUGAGCUCUGUUGUACCUGUCAAGACGCCAGAUAGUGAUCAAAUCAAACUUGCAUCGACCGUUACCUUCUCCUUUUAUGUGGAUUUGCUCUUCCAAGUUUUAUAGGUAGAUGUUGAAUGCUGCAGUGCAUGGAAAUUCAACCUUUUAUCUGUUUUGUUCAAUAGGAGAUUGCAGAUUUAGUCCAACCAAAGGUACCUCAGUAUCAUGGGACAACAUAAGAGAUGGAGUCAACCUUACAAUAGAGACCACAAAGGUACAAGAAAAUGAAGGAAACUAUAUAUUUAAAAGAAAACACAACAUGGAUAUAUCCUGACUCUUCCUGUUUAUAUCAUCAGGUACUCUUGUUGCUGGUGUACCAUGACAUAAUGAAUGAUCGCUGCACUCUCAACACAUUGGACUGUGAUGUUGAGGUAGGCUUCUUAAGUUACAUACUGAGACUCAUAAAAGCUCUUAUUAUUCCAUCUGUUACAACUAUUAAAAUCUGUACUCACUCCUUGUAUGCUUACCUUUUCUAUUAGCGAGAAAUAGCAAACCUGACGCAUUCCUAUGUGAUGGAGAGCGAAGGCUGUGUUUAUCUGAGCAGUGGACUUGAUGCCUAUUUGGCAAGGAAUUGUAAGACAAAUUAAUUAUACCUUAUUUCUCACUAUAAUAUGCAGUUUUAACAGUUAAUGGUUUUUCACAAUCUACACCUCUCUUUUGGCUAUGAACUCCUUUUAAGAGUGAGUGUCUUCGUAUUUCAGAUUUGCCCGUGCCCCGUGAAGUAUUUGACCGAGCAUCAACCACCUCCACUUCCAGUGUGUCGUCUACACUAUCUCUCACAGAUGACGAGUCUCCUGUGUUCCCUCGAAAACAGAAAAUCACAUUUGUGGAUAUGCAAACAGUGGCUUCCUCUUCAACCAGGUAUCACUAUAGAUAAAAUUUUAAAACAGCCAAGGGUUUAAUGUUGUCAGGAUAUAUGCAUGAGGGGAUUUCGGCGCAGUUAUCAAGCUUUACAUCUAAUGUUGAAUGUUACCCGCUCGGAUAUAAAAAGCAAGAAACUGACAUUUUUCUGUGUUAUUGUUUGAUGAUGUUUGUCCCCUUGUCACAGUUAGGGUUUUAGCCAUGACACAUAGAGUAAUUCCAUACCAUGUAUGUAUUUAAGACUUAUUGAUGUUUCACUUUUUAAAUCACAUUUUUUUUUGUCUGAUCUGCUUUCUUUCCCACAGCCAAUCACCGCUGCAAGAUAUCAUGAACACACCCAAAUUUCAGUUGCGGAAGAUGCAGCGACAGAUGAUCAAGGAGAGAGACUACAGAGACGGGUUGGAGAGGGAGCUGGCCAGCAAGCUUACACUUGUUGCACAAAGAGGUAGUGCAUUUUAACAUCAGUGUUUUGAUAAAUUCAUUUUGGUAAUGUGGACGACAAAGACAGGUGGAACUUUUUAGUUCUUAAGUUAUGCAGCUUUUUUUUGUACCAGAGACAAAAAAAAAGCAUGGAAUGUACUAGCAGGAUCUUCAAAAAAUUCACUGCAGUUAACAAAAUGUCAAUUAUAAUGUUUGUUUGUCCUUUAGUUUCUUCUAUUCAAAUGAGCUGCAUCAUGCUGUGUUUCUUUCAGAGUCUCAGAUCAACCAUUUGCAGUAUCGCCUGGAUAAGAUGAAAGAAGAACAAAAUGAUCAGGAGAAAGCUACCAGGGAUCAGAUCAAUGAGCUUGAGACCAAGAACGACACGUAAGUACCCAGUAGAAGGGCCUAAAAUACUUAUGUUUAUUUUCUUGACUUUCACUAAGGCUUCUUUAGUAAUACAUGACAAAGACAUAAUCCUUUUUUGUCAAAUAACACCAUGUUCAUCUUGACUUUGUGAGUUACACUUACAUGCUGUGAGGUUUUUCCUUGCCACUUUUUGCCUUGUUAUAUUUUUAAUUGGACUUAAAGGGAAAGUUUUGGUUGUAUAUAGUUAAGUACGAGAGAAAGCUGAAGUGUCUUUCCUUCUUUUUUCUAGAAUGCAGAUGCGUCUUAACGAGAUGUAUAAAGAAAACAAAGACUAUAAGAGCAACUCCUCACUUAUGGAGCGCAAAGUGGAUGAGCUGACUGAUGAAAAUGGAAUGCUAUCUUCACAGGUAAUCACAACACACAGACAAAGUUUCAUUGUUUAAUCCAGUGUUUGGCUUUUAAUUUGUAGGAGUUUAACCACCAAUAAAAGUUACGGGCAAUUCUGGCAUCCUUGAAAGUUUAUGAGCAGUCUGUUUCUGAAACACACCGUUUGUUAGUAUGUAGAGCAAGUAAUUUGCACCAUCUUGAGUUACAUGUAUCUGUUUUGAAACCAUUUUUCUGUGAUAUUUAAAUUUUACUUAUUCAUUUAUUUAUUUAUUUUUACUUUUAUACAGAUGAGAGCAGUGUGCUCACAGUUGGCCAUCUUUGAGGCAGAAGUUGGCCAGCUGACAGAAGCCCAAGCAUCUGCUGAGAAGGAUUGGAAAAGCAAAACAGGACUACUGGAGUCUGAGCUCAACCAGGCCACCGCUCAAAAGGUAGAUGUUGUCUUAAACAGGAGCUGUUUCACUACUUUUUUUUUGGGCUUUGUAGUUUGGUUGAUUACACCAACUACAGCAAAAUGUAAAUCCCCCCAAAAAAUAGUUUGUGUAAUUUUGUGUGAUUGCUAGUGGAAAUUUUUAAUGUCAUAUGUGAUAUGAUUAACCAAUUCUUUGUUGAAAGGGCAACUGGACUCAAGGUUCUUAAGGUUCACUACUUUUCCAAAAGGCUUCUCCAGUUGAGAACUGAACUAAAAACGUCUUCAAGAACCUCAAGCAAGUCCAGUUGCCUUGUCAAUGAAGAACUGGAUAACCAUGACCUUAACUAAUAUCAUUAACUUUCCCUAUCAUGAAGUCAUUCCCUUAAAUCAAAUUGUUCCCCGAUGAUCAAAGCAUUUGUGUGCAAGAUGAUAUAAAACGAGCAUAUGAUCCCAUUUGUUUCUCAGGAACUGCUGACAGAACAAAUUCAGAUCCUUCAGGGGAAGAUUUCUUGUUUGGAAGAUGAAAUAAGUAAAGCCGCAAAGGAGGAAGCUGGAGAGAACAUGUGGGCUUUGGUUGAGGUGAGGUCCAAGUACACAAUUGGUUCAAAAUUGUCAGCUGAGAUCAUUUGAUUAAGAAAUGUUAAGUUUUUGUGUCUUGGUUUUGGAUCAUUAUUUUAGAUCAGGUGGUUACUUUUCUCUCUCUUGUUAUCACCAGAAAAAAAAUUUUGAGACCGAAAUAAAGGGCUUGAAAAAUGAGCUGGAGAGCUCUGUCAUCUCUUUGAAAAAGGCUGAAGUGGAGAUCCAGGCCAAAGUGCAACAGCUUGCAGAGCAUCAGCAAGAAAUUACCCAACAAAAGGACCUCUUAAAACAACAGAAAUCUCAAACUGAAGAAAUGAUUCAAGCAAAGGAUGACAUUUUAGAGAAAUUACAAAAGGAGAUCAUGGAGCAGAGAGAAGUCCUGCAGGAAGAGAUCCAGCAUCUCCAGCUUCAACUUGAACAAGUGGAGAAGCAGAAAACGGAGCAGAUGACCAGACUGCAGCAGCACAUUGCUGCUUGUGAAGAGGAAGUUGAGAAACUCAAGGAAAUAAAGAAAGAGAAGGAAGACCUUCUGCUACAGACUGAAGAAAAAGUUCAAGAUCUUGAGAAGAAGUUAUCUGCUGCAAGUUCUCUCUUGGCUGAUAAAGAGCAACACAUCGGUAGUCUCAGGGAAGAAGUUAACUUUCUGAUGGAUGAAACCAAAAAGAACAAAAAUGAAAUUCAAGCCAAAGAGGAAAUGCUGGCCAAAGUACUUCUGGAGAAGGCGAAUGAGCAAGAAGUUCUUCAGAAGACAAUCCAGACAUUGACGAAUAAAAUGGAUGAACUAAAUUCUACUAUCAAACAGGCUGAGCAGGAAAUUCAGCUUAAGCAAGAGAUCCUGGCCACGACUCAACAAGAGAGCAUCCAACAAAAAGCGGAACUUCAACAGCAAAUAGCCACCAGUGAAAAGGAGGUUCAGAGGUUAAACCAAGAGAUUCAGGUCAAAAAUGAGCAGCUUGUGAUUUUGAAUGAUGACAGCUCUCGACAGUCUGAAAUGCUGGAGCAAGAGAUCAAAGGUCUAAAAAACCAACUUGAAACUAUGAAUCAAUCACUCAAAAAGGCAGAGGACCAAGUCCAGGCUCAGGAGGUUAUGCUUACAAAGCACGAGCAGGACAGUGCUCACCAAAAGGAGCUCCUGCAGCAGCAGCUUUCUGCUUCUGAGGGGAGGGUACUGAGUCUGGAGAGGGACAUUCAAGUUAAAGAAGAGGAGAUGAACUCGCUGAGAAAACAAAGUUCAGAGCAGUCUGAGUUACUACAAGAGGAGAUCCAACAUUCAAAGGACCGUAUUGAGACUCUUACUUCAUCUUUGAGAGAUGCUGAGGAGAGUUUGCAAUCCAAGGAAAACCUGUUUGCUGAACAGCAACAACAAAGCACACUGGAUGUGGAAGAGCUCAAAAUGCAGAUGGCUGCAUCUCAAGAUGAGGUGAAAAGAUUGAAGACUGAACUUCUUGCUAAGGAGGAGCAGUUCAAUCAACAAAAAACAGAUUCAACUGAACACUCUGAAGGGCUUCAGGAUGAGAUCUUAACUCUUAAAAGCCAAGUAAACAGCUUGAAUGAAGCUCUAGAAACUACAAAAAGGCAAUUACAGGAUAAGGAAGAGUUAUUGACUCAGAAAGAAGUGGAGAUUUCUCAGGAGAAGAGAACAUAUGAAAACUUAAUGACAGAUUCUGAAAAGGAAGUGAGAGCGCUUAAGGAACAAAUCCAAGCUAAAGAGGACCAGCUCGUCACAAUUAAACAAGAGGAAUCUGAACAUUCAGACAUGCUGCAACAAGAGAUACAAUGUCUAAAGAACCAACUCUGUAAUCUGAAAGAUUCCCUCACAAAGGCCGAAGAGCAGGCUCACGCUCAGUUGGCUGUGAUUUCCAAGCAGGAGGAAGAGAGUGCUCACCAGAGGGACCUUUUGUCGACAUCUGAAGAAGAGAUAAGAAAGAUGAAACUUGAGAUACAAGCCAAAGAGGAUCAGAUAACACAGCUGAGGGCUGAGAGCUCAGAGCAGAAGGAGCUACUACAUCAAGAGAUCCAAAAUUUGAAGACACAAACUGAGAGUCUUAGUUCGUCUCUGAGACAAGCUGGGGAGAAUUUACAAUCCAAGGAAAAUCUAUUUGCAGAACAGCAACAACAGAGCACCCAGGAUAUGGAGGCACUCCAGAUGCAGAUGACGACAUCCCAAAAUGAGGUAGAGAGGCUAAAAGCUGAGAUUUCUGCAAAGGAGGUGGAGAUAAGUCUGCUAAAAACUGAGUCCUCAACCCACUCUGAAGUUUUGCAGCAGGAAAUUGGAAAUCUGAAUCAACAAUUAAAAUCUGUGAGCAGCUCUCUGGAGCUGGCCAAAGACCAGGCUCAAGCAAAAGAUGAUAUGAUUGCAAAACAGGAGCAAGAGAGCUCUUUGGAGAUUGAGGCACUGAAAAAGCAGAGUGCACUUUUAGAGGCAGAGGUUGGUCAACUUAAGAUAGAGAUUCAAACUAAAACAGCAGAGAUAGACACGCUGAGGACUGAGAGUUGUAAGGAGUCUCAGGAACUGCUGAGUGAGAUCCAAACUCUCAAGGACCAAGUACAAAGUUUGAGUGAAUCCCUGACAACCGCAAUGGAGCAAGUACAGGCCCAAAAAAAUCUGCUGACCCAGAAAGAAGCGGCGAUUUCUGAGGAAAAGAACAAGUUUGAUAACUUCAUGGCAACCACCAAGGAGGAAAUUCGAGAGCUUAGGGAGCAGAUUCAGGCUAAAGAGGACCAGCUUGUCACAAUUAAAGAAGAAGACUCCAAACAUUCAGAUGUGCUGCAACAAGAGAUACAAUGCUUAAAGACCCAACUCUGUAACAUGAAAGAGCCUCUCGCAAAGGCUGAAGAGCAGGUUCAGGCUCAACUCACUGUGAUAAGCAAGCAGGAGGAAGAGAGUGCUCAUCAGAAGGAGCUUCUCUCGGUUUCAGAAGAAGAGGUGAGGAAGAUAAAAGAGGAGAUCAAAGCAAAAGAGGGUCAAAUAACACAGUUGAGGACUGACAGCUCAGAGCAGUCAGAUCUGCUACAUCAAGAGAUCCAAAAUUUAAUGAAGCAAGUAGAGGUCCAUGGCUCCUCGCUGAAAAAGGCUGAAGAGGAUAUGAAAUCCAAAGAAGAUGUGCUGGCCCAACAACAACAACAAAAUUCUGAACUUAAGCAAGCCCUCCAAAGCCUGGAGGCUGUAGUGAAAGAAGUGCCGGGUCUGCAUGAACAGAUUAAUUCAUAUAAAGAGGAGGUUGGCAAGCUAAAAGAAUCUCAGAGGAAGCAACAAAGCCUAUGUCUCAAUGCUCAGGAGGAACUUCAGAUCUUACAGGCAGAGAUUUCUGCCGUCAACACACUCGUGGCUGAAAAAGACCAACAGUGCAACGCUCUUAGAGAACAGCUCGCUGCCCAAGCCAACUUUAUUCAAAAGUCAAAAGAGGAAGCCGAAGCCACUGAGAAACAGCUGGUAGGGAUAGAGAUGGAGAGCUCCAAACAGACACAUGCCCUUCAAUGUGAGAUCCAGGAUCUAAAAAUGGAGGUGGAAAAGGUUUCUCAAAAACUUGUGGCGAAAGAACAGAUGCUGGCUGAAAUUCAGCAGGAGUCCACUCAGCAAAUAGACCUCCUCCAGCAACACCUUGCGUCGGUUAAGGAAGAGUCACAGUCGGCACAGAAGCUGCAGGUUGAGACUCUUAAGGAAAGAGAGGCUCUCGGUCAUGAAAAAGAAGCGCUCGUGGCCAGAAUGCUCCAGGUGGAGACGGAUCGGAAAGCUCUUGAGAAACAACUGGAAGCCAUCGUAUUUGAAAAAGACAGACUCACUCAAGCUAUGCAAGCCACGGAGCGAGAGAAUCUAGCCUCUCGUAAACUUGAAUCAGUGCUACAGCAGGAACUGGAACUGUUGAAAUUGGAGCGAGAGAAACUAUUGAAAGAGAAAGAGAAGGCUGAUGAAAUGGAGAGGCUGAAGAAAGACCUGCAGGAACAGCUCUCGGCUAAAUCACAGGCUGCAGAACACUACAAAGCACAGGUUGGUGUGGCCACAAACACAUUUUGAUGUUCCUCUCCUUAAUGAAGUUAUCAUUAUGUUUGACAAAUAUGAUCAAAUACAGUUUAAUAUAGAGCUGUUUUUUUUAAUUAUCACAAUGCCACAGAUGGACAAGGCGGUCACUUUCUACAAUGGCAAGAAGCAGCUCCUCCAGGAAAGCCAAGAUCAGGUGGCUGAGCUUAAGAAGACUUUAGAGGUCAAAGAGCGGGAAAUAAAGGCCGUUUCCAUGGAGAGCAAGAUACUUCAACUCGAUCUGGAGAAGGUCCAAACCAAUGAGAAGAAACUCAGUAGCAUGGUGGCUAGUUUGGAGGCACAGGUUGGUAUUGUUUAUUGAAACAUUAUAGCUGAUGUGCUAUACACCCAGAGUUGGUGACUCGCAAUUACUGUAAAAGAAAGAAGACCAUUACAUUUAAUAAAAGAUGAAACAUUUAUUUUCUGCAUUUCACCCUGAUCUCUAUCAUUGUUUCUGUUAACCUCUAGCUGGCCUUUGCUGACCGUAACCUACGAGCACAAAACAAGAUCCACGGAAAUGAAAGAAGCGCUACAGAAUCAAUGUACUUGGAGGAUCGCAUUGGUUAUCUAAGUGUUCCGUCUAGAACAGAAGGGAAGAGGGUCAUGAGUUCUGACAGCCUGGACCAGAGCUCUCUAGAAGACUCUUUGAACACCACCAGGUGAAACACACCUCAAAGUUUUUAUGGGCUAUUGGAGUUUUUUUAAUGUCAUCUGAAUCACCCAAACAUUGAAGGCAGUGUACAUUGGCUUUAGAUGUCUUCUUGACACUUUUUAACGUAGAUGUCUUUCCCGCUCUAAUAAAAGAUAGACCAGAUAUGAAAAAACAACAAGAAAAGUUGUAAAAUCAAACAUGAGAGGGGUCUAAAGAAUAUUUGAUUGUAAACUCGCACAAUACUUAGUUUUCUUAAUUUUACAGGAAACUUUAUGCACCCGAUGAAGCGAGCACACCACUUGUUCGCAGUUCAGAACGCCUGGCGGCUAAACGACGAGGUCUUCAAGCUGAGUCUCUGGAAACCCUAUACUUCACACCUAUAAACAACAAACAUGUGGACAGGUAUGUCACAUUACAAGGACGGUCAUGGUGUUCACGGACAAGCCACCUGCCAAGUUUUCUAUUUGAUAAGGAGAGUGAAACAGAGUUCUGCAGAGUUAUUUUCAGUUGAAGAUGACCUAAAUGGAUAUAUAGAGUCCAUAAUUGCUUUCACUUGCUCUGCUGUAUUCAGGUUGAUUAAGGCUUAUUUUCUUCAGCUUUUUUUAGAGUUUAUCAUCCUUUGGCAAAACAGCACGUGGAUAGUCUGAUUCUAUAAAAUACAAUUAAAGCUCACAAGUCCUCAAGAGAAAACACUGGAAGAAAUGGAAGACAUUUGAGUUCAUUUUGACCCACUACUCAUUUGAAAUCUAUCACUGCUAAAUGUUUCUAACUACCUUUGAGUAUUGUCUGAUCUACAGUUCUUUACUGUGGUGUUUAUUAAUGGAAGUGUAAAAUAUGUCCUUUUUUAAUGGAGCCUGUUUGUAUUCACUUUAUCCCAUAGGAGCAGUGCAGGGCACAACGCCGAAGUGGAUUCAACCCGCAAAAACCCAUCUUCUUCAGUCAAACGGCGCAGGACCACGCAGGUUAUUAACAUCACCCUGACAAAGGUGGAGGAAAAGCACUUGCACACUUGAUUGCAUGGUCACAAUUACACUCACUGUUGACAAUGAUGCAUUUGAUUAAUCGAUUUGUUUUGUGUUCCCUUGAUUAUAUAUGGUGUACUAAACUAGGCUAUUGAUAGCCUGGUUCUUCAUCAACUACCCUUACACAACUGUAACUCUGUUCUGUUCUGGUCGUUCCAAGCAGUUAGCCCUUCUCUCAGUUCCUAUCAGUGCAGGAAACAACAUCAGAAUAAUUAACCCAACUGUUUAAACUCUGAUCUGUAGAAAACUCCAGGCCGCGGUGAUGGUGAUGAGACUUUCUACAGUCUGACUUCAGCUCACUCCCAACCAAACCUCUCCAGUGCGAAAUCUGCUCGACCCGUGUCUACUGAGCUGUUUGACACGCCUGCCAGAGUGAGCGGCUCGGCCAGCGACCAGCUAAUCGGACUUCCUGGAUACAGAAGGAGCACAAUCCACUCUCAGCGUAAGUUCAAGUCAAUGCAUGAUACCAUGAUGAAACUAUGGCUACAGGUAACAUUUAUUUCAAUUGUCUGCAGACUUUUUUAAUGAAUUAAUUAACCUGUUGGCCUGUAAAAGCGUGAGGAAAACAAAAAGGGAAUUUUAUGGAUUGUUUGGCCCAGCAAAGUCAGAGUUGCAAGUGAACCUCCCGCUACAUCUCCUUCCCCUUUUUCUGUUAGAAAGAUUUUGGAGUAACUCAAAUCAAAGCUUGGGUUUGGAACUGGUCAAAGUUUGCUAUGCUGUUAUCCUCUAUUCAACCAUAAAAACAGUUGUGCAUAAAGAAAGUUCAAUGACUCUCCUCUCAAAUUCAACUUAAUCGCAGAUGGGAUUUUUAAUGGUUAAAAGGUGUGUAUGUGUGUGUGUGUAAUUUAUCUUUUGGUUUGUCUGUUUGUCCUCAGCCACAAGCACAUUUUGUGUGGGGACAGAGAAUGAGCCCGAUGGUGGACCUGAUGAUUGGAUGAGGAUCGCUGAGCUCCAGUCCAGAAACAAAGCCUGCCUUCCUCAUCUGAAGAGCAGUUACCCUGUUGAGUCUGAGGUAAAUAGAAAGGGACGAUUGAACAACCACAACAGGUUGCCUCAAGAGAAAUUAGUUCGCAGCUCUAAAAGACACUGUUAAAUUUUGAUUUAUGAUAUUUUUACUGACUGAAUAUGUUUCCUCCCUGUCUGUUUCCCUAGACUGGUUUUGGUGGUGCCUUCCAUUUCACAGAUGAAGAACUCCGUAUGGGUGACCCAUCCGACACAAUCCGUCGGGCUUCUAUGAUGCCCGGCCAGCUGCAUGACUCUCUCGCUUCCCAUCGGUACUCUCUCUCAGUGGGGCACUCAGGCACUGCAGCCGGCACUCGCUCUCAUCGCCUGUCUUUGAUGCCAGGACAGCUGCCAUCAAAAGCUGUCAGCUCCUCUCAGCUGAGAAGCCCGAAAGGCUCAAAGCGGGCUGCAUCCACUCUGACUGUUCACCAAACAUCACCUGAGGUUGGUUUGCAUAGGCACUGAUAGAUCUUUUGGCCAUGAUAAAUGAAUGUCUCAUAAGCUAUUGUAUUACCUUAAACUAUACCAUUUAAUUUUUCUUGUCAGAGAGUAAGAGAUACAACUAACUAAAAUCCUCCAUUCCAUUUCAUUCCCUUCUUAUUCUAACUUUGUCUUUCCCUUUGUCCAUCUUUUCAGAAAAAGGUGAAGGCCAGCUGCUUCCCUCGCCCACUCACACCCAAAAACAAAAACGUGGUCACCGGGCCCUCCAGCUCUCAAUUGCACCCAGCACUCAGUCCAGUGAGUAUAAAAUAGCGACUGGCAAAAAAGUUUUAUGUUGACCACAGUUGUGGAUUAAACAUGCUUUUUUUCCUUAUUAUCCCAGGCUGAGCGGAGACAGUCUAUGAUGUUCAGUAUCGACAACACCCCUAAAAACAGCAACUACCUAAAGAAAGGGCUGAACAAACUGCGCAGCUCCACUCGAAAAUCUCCAGGAAAAAACUCUAAGAAGUCUCCUGCUCAGACAUCCACUCGCAGGUACCAGGAGAACGCACUCUCAGGAAAUACUGCUACGACUGGACGAGCAGGCAGACUUGGAAGCUUUAAGUCACCCCAGGUGUCCACUAAAGGACAAAGGAAGUCUCCACGAGCAAACAGCAUGGCUGCUAAGUCUCCUGGACUGACCUCCAGUGCUCGCAAGGUAAACAAACACCAACCAAUGUAGGACACUCUAAAGGGAUCAAUUUUCAGGUAGUGACAGAAGAUUUCUGUCAACACGUUUUUGUGUAACUGUGAAGUAGCAUCAGGGAUGAUAGAAAAUCAGCUGAUGUCAAACAGCAGCGGGCUUUUCUUGCUUUGCUGCUAGUUUUGUGGGUGCUUUUUCUCAUCACAUGUUCAAGGUCUUUUGUAUUUGCAUAACUGUAACAUUGUCCAAGUAGCAAAUUGUAUGCUUUGCUUUGGUGCCAAAUCAUAGUAAACACAUUUUAAUGGUACUUCCCUCACAUCAUCAAAACAUUUGAAUGAUUUCACAACACAUAGACAAGCCAUGGGUUUAACUUCCUUUUAUGGCCAUGUCUGCCCUCUGCUUCUGCAGGCAUGUACAUCAUAUUGUCUACAUUUCCUUUAAUUGCUUACUUGUUGGACUUUUAUUAUGAGAAGUCAUACAGCCAAGGUUAAAUUUAAAGGCUAUUGUAUUUGUAAUGCAAACAUAGCCACAAGAAAAAUUAAUAGUUUCAUAACAUAAACACACUCACUUUUUAAAUCAAUUUAACAGAGGCGUCCUACACCAGUUCCUUUACUGUGUACUCUUCAUAAAAAUAGAAUACAACGCAGCAUCUAGUGUUGGGUUGGUGUCAAAGUGCAUUAGCAUGUUAAAAUAUACCCUAUUAAUUUCUGACUUCAAGCCUCUUGGUAUAUGAGUCACGUGCUUCGUCAACACAGCUUAGUAACUGCUGAAUUUAAACUUUUUUUCAGAAGCAUGUCUCUUUAAAUGUGAAGACUUCAGCUGGAAAUCUCAAAAGGUCCAUUUUCACUGAAAGUCUCAAUAAUUUGGGGGGUGGUUUCUUCCCACUGGCUGGUUGUUGGCUGUCACUGUCAUUAUAGAUAAUGCACCAUGUGAUUAUAUCUCUUCAACCACUUCAGGGGUGUCCGCAUGUUUGUAUAGCAGCACGAAAAGCAUCAGCACUUCAGCUUUAAUUGUUUUUUUUUUUUUACAGACGUUGUUUGUAAAAUAAUCAUGGUCUCAGGUUUUACCAGCUCUUUUUUUUCUCCACAGAUGAUGAGAAGGAUGAAGGUGUGAUGACUGGUUCCUUCGCUGGAAAGAUUAUAUUCUUCUGCUGUAAUCAAUCAUUUCUUUUUCCUUACUAUUGAAAUUCAAUUUUUAACCUUUUCAUUUUUUUUGUUGAUAUCUCAACAUCCUUGUCUUGAUCUCCUUUGAUUUUUUUAAUCUGUAUUAUAUUUACAUGUUUGUCAAUAAAAAGACUUUAAGGAAA